AUGCCGAACGUCGUCAACUUCGUCCUUCGUGGCUUCCAGAUCCUGUUCGCGGCGGUCAUUCUGGGCCUCUCAGUUAGCUUAGUUAAAGGACAGUGGGAGGACACGAAGCCUCCCAUCACACUACAGUAUGCUGCGUUCGUCGGCGGUAUCACGCUAGUUGCAGCUGUCGUUGGCCUCGCUUCCGAGUGGGUUACAGUUCUGCAGGGGAAGAUCGGCUUCAUCAUAGAUGGAGCCACCACGGUCGUGAAUCUCGCAGGUGGAGUUCUCCUUGGAAUCAUGAUCGGAGGCGUCAGUUGCGGUGACACCAGCGCCGAGAACCGGGUCAAGCUGCUUGAGAACGAUCUCUUCAACGGAGGCUGUCGCAAGGCUGACGACGGAACUACCUACUGUUACAACGAAUUCAGCGCCCGCUGGAAGUACCUAAACUCUCGCUGCAGGGAGUGCACGGCCGAUUCCGUCUUUAUGUUUCUUACCUUCGGCAUUCUCGUCACUAGCACAGCGAUGGCGUACCGCCACGCAAAGAACCCAUAUUGA